AAGAUUUAUACUUUAAAGACCAUGAUAUAACUGCAGUAUUUAUUCGUAUUUCACGGAAUGGCAAAAGAUGUGUCAAUAAUGAAGAGCAAAUACAACUUAGAGCCGAUAUUAUAAUAGUCAUUGUCGGCUACCUAAUAUUAAUUUCGACCAUAGCUAUAAAUAGAAAGACAAAUUCGAUCAAUUUGAAAAUAGUGUACGGAGAUAAUGACAAU